AGGAACCCAGAACAGAAAUACAUCUGCCAUCUUUAUAUUCUGGGGGCCGUUGGUGCAUGACCACGAGUUGCGUGCUCGCAGUCGCCACUGUCGUCUGAUUGUCUAUUUGAGAUGUGGUCACACCGUCUCAUUGUCGGGGGGAUGACACCUUCAUCCUAAGCAAUAUUUUUAUAAUGGCUGCUCAUGACACACCAUUGCUUGGAGACGCCGAUGCAGGAGAUUUGGACGAGCUUUUGAGACUUCACGUGAAGGAAGCGGUCCGAUCGAAGUCCCAGAAGGGCGGCGUCAAAUCAGCUUCUUACAAAAACCUAGUGGACCAGAUACGGCGCAUCAAAGAGAAGGCGCUGGGUUCAAAGGAUGAGGAGCAAGUCGAGUAUCUGACCAGUGUCCUGGACGCACUCACUACCUGCGUGUCCAGCCUUCACGAGCAUGAGCAUGAGAGCCUGCUGAAUGAAGUUUUUGACAUCUCCAUAUGGCAAGCCACCCCGGAUCUGAGAGCAGCGCUGCUGAGGCUGGUCACGCAUCUUGUGGUGGCCAACAGCGCGCUGGUGCCCCUGUGCCUGCGAGUGCUGGCCAUGGGCUUACAGCCGCCUCCCACGCCUCCUGUGCAGCUGUCUCCAGGCGAGAGCUCGCCUGACAGCCAGCAGUGGCAGGCGUCCCCUGACCUGGUGGCGAUCCAGGAGCAGGUCAUUGCAGCCCUGGAAAAGGUGUUGAUGCUGGUGCCGACAGCGCCGUCGCGGCUGAUGUCGGUGAUAGCCGGGGGCAUUCCCCACCGCCUGCGCGACCGCGACGCGCAGUGCCUCUACCUUCGCGGCGCGCUCGCGCUGGCCGAGGCACCGGCAGCCGCAGCCGUGCGCGAGGGCAUCCUGGCGGCGGCCGCCGAGCACCUGCUGUCCCUGGACGUCGAGAUCCGCUGGCAGGACAUCGCCGCCGCUGAAGCCGAUGCGGCGGAUGAGGAGGAGGGCGAGAGCGAGCAGGAGGAGGAAGACAUAUUUGAGCUGGAGGGGCAGACGGAGCAGCUGCACCUCAGCCCACAAGCACAGCCGGCAUCGGCCCCAGAGCGGCUGCAGGGGCGCGGCGGUUGGGAGGGCGCUGCCGGGGGCGUGGAGACAGCGGCGUCGCCGUCGGGGCGGCAGCCGACGACGGAGUCAGCAGAGAAGCUGGACGCGCUGAUGGGCCUUGUGUUUGAGCACCUGGGCCGCCGCUGCGAGGCGGGGCAGCUGCAUGCUGCCUGGGCGACCACGCUGCACACCUUCCAGCGCACCAUCCUGCACACCCACCGCUCCAAGUUCACCCAGUACCUGCUCUGGUACCUCUGCGAGAAGGCACGCCCCCUCCCCUUGCCCUUUCUACCGCAGCCGAUCUACCCCUCAAGCACCUCGGAAGAUCCCAAGCACUGCAGCGUAAGCCUGGUGCAGCUGCUGCUGGGGCAGCUGACCAGCCCCAACGUGGCGCCCAUCACCCGCUCCGCAGCCGCCGCCUACAUGGCCAGCUUCCUCGCGCGCGCCGCCCUCGUCCCCGAACACAUCCUCAUCGAGUCCCUCCAGGUGCUGGCGGGUUGGUGCCUGGCGUACUGCCAGGAGCAGGAUGCAAAGGACGCUCGCGCGGCGCUGACGAUUGCACCACUGUCCACGCGGCUGGACAUGGAUGCUGGGCCACUCAGAGGCAUCCAACACCAGGUGUUCUAUGCGGCCUGCCAGGGUCUGCUGUAUGUGCUGUGCUAUCGCCUGGAGCAGCUCAUGGACGCAUCAGCACCAGCACCAUCCCCAUCCCCAUCCCCAUCAGACUCGAACAGUGGAGGUGGCAGAAGUGCAGACAUCGUCCGACAGCUCUUCACAGACGUCAUGCCAAAGCUACUGCACCACAGGCUGGCUCCGCUGGCGGUGUGCCUGCCGACAGUGGUGGCCGAGUUCACGCGCCUGGCGCAGCGGCUGGAGCUCAUGGACUGCGCGGCGCUGCUCCCGGGCCGGAGCGAGGCGGCGCGCGCGCAGAGGCCGCUGGAGAUGUUCUUCCCCUUUGACCCCUUCCUGCUGCGCCACUCGGCGCGCCACCUGGACCUGGGCAGGACAUACGUGCACUGGAAGGCCGGCCACCCGCGCGCCGCGCCUGGGCCGGCUGACGACGAUGCCUCCGACAUGUCCAGCGACGAGGAGGUCGACGGCGUCAGCGAGUCAUCCGAUGAUGAUGACGAGGCGAGUUCCAGCAGCGACGACGAUGAGUCGUCCUCAUCGGACGGCGACACCUCUGAGGAGGACGCGGACGUGCCCGGGGCGCAGCGGCACCGGCAGCCGCUGGCGCCGGCCGGAUCGGCCGCAACGCUGUGGCCGCACGCGCCCAUCGGCAUGCGGCCCAUCUCUGCUGGCGCCUCGCGCAAGCGCCCGGCCUCCAGCACUCCCGGCAGCGACCAGGGGUACCUGCAUGGAGCAUCCUUCGACACAAACGGCGGAAUGUCCCCACUGGAGGGCAGCUCGCCUGGAGCUCACCCCUCCAUUGCACCCAUGUCAUGGGCACAGAGCUUUGAGGGCAGCCGGCUCAUGCACAGGCACCUGCAGCCGCUGGUCGUGCACACAGCAGACUAGACUUAUUCUUUGCAAAAGUCUUGUGCUUCAUGUUGUUUGCCAUGCAGCGGGCACUUUGAAGCAGACAUGUACCAUUGCUUCUGCCCAGGAAGACACGAUUUCUGCUGGUGAUUUUAUUUUUUGGUCUGGAGAUCUGAAGUUCCUUGCUGCUGAGCCAAAACGGAUGAGUGCAACGCAAAUGAUUGACUGCUCUAAUAGCUUCUAAUAGCUUCAAGUUGGUCCACAUGUAAAGCAUUGAUGUGUA